AUGUCGUCGCAAUCAGGUUUUAAUGCAAAAGACCAGAUCGAAAGAGACGUAACCGGAGAGGUACAGGGUCAUUUCCAUGAGUCGUAUUUUGAACAUCAAUGUGUGGUGGGAACGGAAAAAGACGUGUUGAUAACGGACAUUCGUGGUUCGGGGUGGUUUGUUGGCCUGCGUCGUUGGUGGCAUGGGUUGUUUCUGCUGUGGCACGGAGAUGAGCGAUGCCGGGUGUAUUACUCCAGCUCACACGCGCUACGAUUGGCGCGCGCGCGCCAGUUCCGUCGAUAUAGAGGACGCAUACAUCCUCUCAGCAAAUUCAGUAAUAUAUGGGCUGUGUUGAUGCUGGUCGUGACCAUUACUAACAGAGUAGUGUUUCAUCACAAUACCUCGGUGAUGUACGGGCGACUACAGCCAAUGACGCAUAUUAUAGGUGUUGUUCUGGAAGCGAUCACGCUGAUGGACAUUGUGGUCAACUUAAAGUCGGGAUAUGUGGACGUUGACGCGCGCGGGAUCGUGUUAAACUCCAAGGAUGGACUCGUACACUACUGCUCUACCAAACUAUUCUUCCACGUCGUUUCAGCCAUACCGUUGCAAGGAAUCAUGCUCCUAAGAUACCGACUACAACCUUGCACACUGUGUAACGCGAACAAAUUCGUCUGUUGCUUGAAAUUCUUGAGCGUAUUCUCUUUGAUUAGAGUUUACGAAGUGACUCGUUACUGGACUAGAGAUAGAACAUCUUUCAACUUGACAUACUUCUUCAAACUCUUACGCAUUCUCGUCGUAGCCGGAAUAACAUUUUUACAGUUCUUGAACUUCACAGAUGCGGUAAACAUUUGGAUAAUUUCGGAGACUAACUACAUAGUACCCAAUUCCUUUUUAUACCAAAUAUUGGAAGUUAAAAGAUAUUUAUUGGAGGAUUCAUGGAAUAGCUUUUUCACCAGUGUACAGAUUUCAAUAAUUUGCAAAUUUCUAUUUUUAUUUAACUUUUCCUAUGGUGGCGAUGCCAGUAUUAAGUAUCCAUACUAUAUUGAUGCUAUACAGUGUUUAAUGGGAUUUGUGCUAGCAAACUUGUUCAAAAUUUGGGCUUUCGUUGAGUGGUACACGGUGAUUCGUCGUCAGAUGACAGUAGAAGAUCACAUGAUUGAACACAAAAAAAUGACGAUGAAUUUUAUGCGCUCACGUCAAGUGUCGGAUCAGUUCGGUUCCAAGAUCGAGAACUACUACGACUUCAGUGCGAGUAAGAUGAGAGUGAUAGAGAAAUUGAACGAGCUGUAUCAACUGCUGCCGACAUGUAUCAUUAGGGAGAUCAAGAUGAACUCCUACUAUCGCUAUGUACGGAGGAUUCCCUACUUUGCUGAGUGGCCCAGCGAGGUGGUCGAAGACUUAGUCAUAUUGUUGAGAGAAGAAGUAUACUUAGAGGAAGACGUAGUAGCUCCAAAGUGGUCGCAGGGCGAGGGGCUGAUGAUAUUGCAUGUAGGGAUGCUAGCCGUGUACAAUGCGGAGCAGAAGGAAGUCGGCCACCUUAUCGAUGGCGAUUACUUCGGAGAGUUGUCUUUGGUCACGGACAGAGAAGUCCGCACCUCAGAAGUGGUUGCGAUAACUUCUUGCAAGAUACUAAUACUGUACAAGAAAUCAUUCAGGAGAUUUAUGAGACAGCAUGUAGAGUUGUUUUUUGGUUUAAGACAGACAUUGAGGGAUAAGUUUUACAAAGAAUCAUCUAAAAGCACUGAUGGCAAUAAGCAUACCAGUUCUGCAACUGAGCUUCCUCUACCAGCGGCACCAACUGCACCACGGUCACCGCCAUCAUCAAUUCCACCCGCCACCCAAACGUCUCAGGACUCAUUAAAGAAAGAUCAAAUAAAGUCAGUAUUCGAAGCACUUAAAAAUAAAAAUUUACAGCGUAAUCUGCAACUCGAUUUCCAAGAUACAGCUGGUCGCAACUCUAUGACACAAACUGAGCAACCAAAGGGGAUUCCGAUGUCGGUUAUCGCUAUACUCCAUCAGCUGCUGCUGGCCUUCAAACAUCUUCCAAAGAGACCGUACAUUCCUCUCCUUUGGAUGACUCGAGCCGGACGGCACCCGAAGAUACAAGGGGCAUCAAUCUGUCAUCCCGUGGACUACAAGGAGCUGGAACUUCUCAAAGCUCUUUAUCUGCAAGAGUUCGGAGGCAAAUGCAACUCUCAAAGUUAUCUAAGAAUCAAAACAGACGACUACAAUGAAUGUGUGUUAGGACCCUAG